AUGGAUAGCUACCCAGGCUCCUUGCGAAGGUACUGGAUGAUGGAGGAGGAAUACGAUGACACUCAUUUCUUAGUUGAUGAUGAUGAAACGGAGGCCGCAACAUACAACCACCUAGUGCAAGCAGAGAGCUCUCGCACGCGCAUUCGAUUUGAUGCGCCACGAAAGGUCAUUCGAACGAGGGACCUUCCUUCUGGUCACAAGAGGAUCAAAGCUGACUACUUUGCUCCAAACCCUGUUUACAAUGAUAAGCAGUUCCGUAGAAGGUUCCGGAUGUGUCAGCAUUUAUUCAAGCACAUUAAAGAGGCUGUUAAAAAUCAACAUAACUACUUCAAAAAGAAGUAUGAUGCCACCGGCAAGGAAGGACUAUCAGCUCUUCAGAAGUGCGUCACCACUAUGCACAUUCUCGCUUAG